AUGUCCAAGUCAACCUAUGUUUCCCUCUUCGCAGCGCAUCAGACAACCUCCGAUGUCGAUGCCCAGGUCGAGUUCUACAAGGACUGGGGCAUGGUCAUCGACAGAGGCUUUGACGCGUUAGAAGAUAUCCCAGAGCAAUACUAUAAGGCGCGCGGAGUUUCCAAGGCUGACCUCGUCAAGACCGUCUGCAUGAGGAUGCCAACCGACCCUUUUAUGCACCUGAUUUUGUACCAGUGGAAAACCUUGAAUCGGGGUCCCGGGUGGCCGGCACCCUUUAAUCAGAUCGGAAGCCGAGGCCUGUCCAUGCUGGUUGAAGAUGUCAAUGCCGAAGUCCAACGCGUCAAAAAGGACUUUCCCGAUAUCAAGUUUCUAUACGAUAAACUGACCAUCAACCGUCGAUGGGGAAAAACAACCACAGCUCUGUUUGUGGAUCGGGAAGACAUCCAGGUCGAGCUCAUUGAAAUCGAGAAAGGGUCACAGUACGAUCUCGGCAGAGUCCAGCUUCCCGCUUACGAGGACACACAGUGGCUGCACUUCAUGUUGAACUGCUCCAAUUACGACAAGAGCAUGGAGUUCUACCAGUCAUUCGGCAUGGCGCACGACUCUGCUGUUGAUUUCCGCCCAGGCGUGGGGUUUCACCCCUUUGGAAAAGCUCACUAUGCGAAGCAAUGGAAAGAGGCAUACGAUCUGGCCCAAGACGAUUUGACGGGCGUGGGAUUCUUGAGAUCCGAUCGCGACCCAAGUGGCAUGCACUUGGAAUUGAUGGAUUGGAGGCCCGGUUCACUCCUCACCCCGAGUGACAGGCCCGUCUGGCAUCAGAAAGGGAUUUGCCGGUACUGUUUCAGAGUGAAGGAUCAUGCAGAAUCUUUGAAGGAGCAGCAGCUGAGAGGUACCCGCAUCUACGUGGCAGAUCAGCGAGGAUGCCUGGGCUGGGGAGACACCAUCUGGUUUGAUUGUGGUGAUGUUGAUGGCAAUGUGUUGACCAAGGAACAAUGGUUCCCCCAGCGCGCUUGGGGCGAGAAAAACUGA